CCCUCACACGCUUACUACAAGCCAAGAAUUGACUCGUGAUGCACGUGUGAGCUAGUGACCUGUAGAAAGUGAAUUCUAAGAGACUCCAUUUAUUUGAGAACUCAAACGAAAACAGGAAAAGUUUCGAAUAUAUUUUACUCUGAAUUUUAUUUUUAAUUGAUUCUUCUUGAACCUCGACUUUGACGUGCGACUGCGAUAAAUUUCUAAUAUGUUGUAAUUUUGAGUAUUCAAGCUUGUGAACUCAAUCUUUUUGACCGCACACUAGAGCUAGCACGGCUAGUUACACUUCUUACGCGAAGACAGAGAACCGGUGAGCGGCUAUGGACCGCACAUGGAGUGAGUGGAUGUGGCUGCCGAGAAGACUAAGAUGGAUUGAUAUUCCUCUGGAAGAUCCACUGUGUUUCCCAGAUCUAUUUGAGUUUUUCAUGUGGGCUUCGAUCUUCGGUGUGGUUUAUUAUUCAUUCAAGAAGAUAGUGUUCUUCCCCUACAUCUCUACACCCAUAGCCAUGCGAGCUGGAGUUGAAGCUAAAGUGAAACCACAUCCUCCGGACAACACGGAGCUGGAAGCUCUCUACAGUGUGAGCAAAAACAAGCCUACCGCGGAGAUGUUGGCAGCAGCCGUCAUAUCACUGGGAUGGCCGGAGCGGAAAGUCCAACGAUGGCUUCGACAGAAGUAUGCUUCACAGCAAAAGAGUAAUAUCGACAAGUUCAACGAGAGCGCUUUCAUGCUUUUUUUCUACACUAGUUUUACGAUAGCCGGUGCGCUUAUAAUUAUACCUAAACCAUUUUUCGGAUCACCGGAAACUUUUUUGAGGGAACACCCUUUCGUAAGUGCGACUUCCGAUGUGUGGUGGUACUGGGUGGCUAACUGUGGAUACUACUUAUCACACACCUACUCAUAUUUCACUCAACCAAAAGUGAAUGAAUUCUACCGAACACUAUGCCACCAUUCCAUGGUUUUCCUUCUCUACGUAUUUAGUCUCUCGCUGAACCUUGUGGCGCCCUUGUGUCAUGGUUUAAUAACGCACGAAGUUUCUGAUAUCCCUUUGCUCCUCGGCAAGUUGUUUUUGUAUACGAAAAACACAAAAUGCAGUGACGCAUGCGUUUUUGUGUUCGCUGUGUUGUGGGUAGUAUCGAGAUUGAUAUUGUACCCUGUCCUAGGAAUUUGGCCAGUAUUUCAAAUCCCGUACUUGAUAGACUCAGAGUAUUGGCCUGGACUUGUGUUAUGUUUAGUGUACACGAUUGUUCUGCUUGUAUUGCACUUAAUUUGGACGUAUGAGUUGGCAUCAGCCAUCAGGAAAAAGUUCCAGACGAAGACCCACGUCGUUGACUACAGGUCGUCAGAAGACGAGCCCUUUGAUAACGACGAAGAAAUUGUCCACAAACAAACUCAUUUUUCGAGUUUUUCAAAUUUUGAAAAUACUCAUCGACGCACAGCUGUCGAAGGAAGAUCUAUUUCUUGAUUAUCAUAGAGAAGUAUGAAAUCUUAUAUCCUAUUAUUCGAGGCUGAUAGUAGCGUUCACACAACAUUCUGUAACCUCGUACGUCAAACAAUGUGUUUGUACCAAAAAAAAAAGACGAAAUAUGCAGCAUCACAGUUGAUAUUUUGACCUUUUGUCAACGCCAUUUUCAUUAGAAUUUCAAUCUUUCAAAAUGCGUAUAUCUUUACAUUGUUCAUGCGACGUUCUAGUCCCAGUUUCACUUCCAGAUAUCAUACAUGACGAAAAAGUGCCUUUUCACAUAACUGAAAUAAUAAUUAUUAUUGGAAAUUGUGCAUCUUAUGACAUUUUUUUGAGAGAAAUUGAAGGCCUUCUUACUUCAUGUCUCCUGCGGUCAAGUUCAAGUUCAACCGACCAGCAGAGCGUGAAUCAUUUACUUAUGCGUGCUUUAUUUGACUAUAUUUCCUAUUCAUCCAGCUGUUAGAUCACCGGGUGAAGAUCUCGUAUUGUCGCCCAUUGCUGCUCUUGGCAGGUACCUUUUAUAUUAAGCACAUGCUUCCAUCAACGUCGCUCUGUUGGGCGCUUGAGUUUCCAUAGCUAUCUUUGGGUGUCGAUUUAAAAGCUGGGUGUAAAUAUCUUCAUUCGUACGAUUGUGUACUCAGUAGAAAUUUUAAAGUCGACCUAGAAAAUGUUAAGAGGUUUUGUAUCUUCUAGGUCCACCACUUGUUGAUGAACCAUGCCUUACCUCACUAAUGCAGAAAUGCUACAUGUAAAUUUCCUUAGCGCACUAUUAAAUGUUAGGAAUGUGUGAGAUCUCCAGAAAUUUAAAGCGAAGUAUGAAGGCACAGGCUCGGCUGUAUUAGUAAAAUAAUAUUGACAGUCAGAAGCAUAAACGUAACCAACCGAUUAUUCCAAACACCAGCAGAUACCGAUUAAGAUAAGAAAUUUUAGGCGUAUUACGAAUGAUAAAAAAUUUCCCUUGCAUGAUCAGUUGUUUAUGAGCGUAUUACAAAUGAUAAAUAAUUCUCUUGCCAGAUCAGAUAUCGUUGCGCGUAAUUGUGAACAUAUUUCAUGAGAAGCUGUCAUUGUUCUAGGCACAUCAUACAAAGUUUUUUAAUUUAUCUCAAAGAUGAUCUCUCUUUUUGUACGCUAAAGCUAAAGUGUACAAAAAUACCGUGCUGUGAAAUAAAGUGUAGCCAGCGUAAUGCUCUGCGAAUACAACUUAUGCACCACGCCAAUAAUCUAUGAUAAUAUAAUUUUAAAUAUCCCAGGGAGAGUGCAUGCUUGUGUAUGUCGUAGUAUUAUUCAGGUUAUAAUUGUGGACUUGAUGGCAAGUAAUUCAGAGCAUCAUAGCUCGUGAACGUUAAUAAUAAUUGUCCGACUACCGAUAUAUAAUUUACGGCAGUCUUUCUUCAGAACUCAAACGCUACAUGAAAGCUUGCGAAUCAUGACUGUAAAUUUAAUUCCUUGAUGCGUUAACGAUUUAUUUAUUAAAUAUACUGGAAUAAAAUUUAGGACUUUCCAUUAUAGUCUUCAUUUCCGCCCAAUUUCUAUAUGAUAUUGUAAUUCUUCUUAUCAAUUUGCUCGUUGUUUUCUGUGGCUCCGUCGUUUGGUCGUUAAAAUUCAUCCUCAAUGUGGAAACCUCAAAAUACUAUGUAUAUUUCCACCAAAAUAGAAACUGAAUUACGAAAUUUAAUUCUUACUUAUGUACAUUUUUCUUCUUUGUCUAAAUUCGCUGAAACUCUAUGAGAUAGUUUUGACUAUAUAGUUAAGCUUCCAGUUUGUUGAAGCAAUUCAUCGACUGGAAAAACACUAAUGAAGGCCUGAAGAAAUACCAGAAACGUUGACCUCAAACCCAAGUAAAACGCGUCCCGUUUCGUGGACGGUUGAAAUUUCCCACUACAGAACUUUUUAUUAUGUUUCUCGUAAUUUAGAUUAAAAUGAUGAGGAUUUAUUAUCAUUAAAAUAUAUGUACGAUUCAUGAUUUUCAUUAUUCUAAAAGAGACGGCGUUCGUGAGAUAGACUACAUGCUCAACGUCCGCAAGAGCUCGAAAGAUCUUCUUGAAUUUUUAAAUCAUUAAAAUUAUUUAUUUACAUAUUUGGAUUAAAGACAUGCGGUGUUAGAUGCACCUCCUACCCUGAUCUCAAGCUCAACUUUGAGGCAUCAACCAUUUUAGUUCAAGACACAAACAUGUCGAAUUAGUAAUCUAAAUAUACCCAUGAGUCGAAUCUGUAAGUAUACAAAUAAUUUUUGCAAGUACGAACACUUUUCACCUAAUGCUUCUCGGAAAUUCCUACAGAACCUUUUCAAUUAAAUGACAGUCGUAAUAUAUAAUUGUUCAUGUUCGUCUGGAACAUCGAGAUGAAGCUUUGAAAUGAAGAACAGUCCUUAAUUUUCAGCCUGCAGUUGAAAUGUUUGAUGCAGCGUAAAUUCCAUCCAUCCCUCCUUAAAUCAAAGGUAAAUUGCCCUGCCUAAAGGUAGCCUUAAUCUUUAAGGCGCAUAUUAUAUGUUCAUAUGUAUCUUACCGUACGAAUUUAUUUUUACCGUCGAAAUAUAUGACAAAAAUUUUUUUUUAAUUUAGUAUUUGGAGAAACUUCUCCAUACAUGUCUUGAAUUUUUUGUUUGAAACUGUCACCUUGCAUGAUGCUCCUCAAACACGUAUUGAAUUAGUAGUAUAAGAUAGCAGAAUUUAUAGCUCCAAACAAGUUUGGUUUAAGACUCUAGAAUUAGUUUAAUCGAUAAUUUUCUUAUUAAGCUAUAUUAAUCUAUCGAAAUGUACAAUGUUAGUUAGCGGUGGUAUGUGGAUCUAAGAUGAGUUAAAGUUAUCACCUAACUCGUGAUAAUCCACUGCCUAAUUGUGCAGAUUGAUAAUGAGACAGACUUAGUAAAAAAAACAUUUGAAGCUUUUUAUCACGUGACGCAUUCACACAGAUAACAUGUGACUGUUUUAAAACGCUUAUGGGAGUAUAAAAAAUAAUGUUUACCAUGAAUCAAAAUAUAAUUUAUGGCUAUUCUCACCCAAAUUUAGCACUGUCUAAUUUGUGAAGCUUUAAAUAUAUAUUUUUUGAAAAUGUAAUUUUCCGUUCAGUGGCUCCAGCGACGACUAGAUGAAGGACGUUAAGGACGUUCUGGCAGGACUCGUGGUUCUCGUCAGGCUACAAAAAAUAUAUAUAUAUAAUAAAU